GAGAGGAGAGAGAGAGAGAGAGAGAACAGCAAAAAGUGCAGAGCCCCAUCCUGAAGUUUCCCGGGGCGGGCCGGCGGCCCCCUCCCCCGGCUCUCUCGCCCCUCCCCCCGGGCCGGGCCGCGGCAGGCGCUUGGAGUUCCCCAUUGGCUCGUCGGUCCAUCCGCCCAGGUACAGUUCCCCUGAAAGAGCUGAUGGAAUGAGAAGCCAUCAUGGAGGCUCAGUCCCACAGUUCCACAACCAGUGAGAAGAAGAAGGUGGAGGCUCCCAUCGCCAAGUGCCCCACGCGGGCAGACGUCAGUGAGAAAGCCGCAGCCUCCAGCACCACAUCCAAUGAGGAUGAAAGUCCUGUACAGACUUAUUCCCGAGAGAGGAGAAACGCAGUGGCCAUGCAGCCCCAAAGCGGGCAAGGGCUCGGUAAGAUCAGCGAGGAGCCUUCCACGUCCAGCGAGGAGAGGGCCUCGCUGAUAAAGAAGGAGAUCCAUGGAUCCCUGCCCCACCUCGCAGAGCCUUCGGUGCCAUAUCGAGGCACAGUGUUUGCCAUGGACCCCAGGAAUGGCUACAUGGAGCCUCAUUACCACCCUCCUCAUCUUUUCCCAGCAUUCCACCCUCCGGUCCCGAUCGAUGCGAGACAUCAUGAGGGACGUUACCAUUACGACCCGUCUCCCAUCCCUCCACUGCACGUGCCUUCUGCCUUAUCAAGUAGCCCAACGUACUCCGACCUGCCCUUCAUUAGAAUCUCCCCCCACAGAAACCCCGCAGCCACGUCUGAGUCGCCUUUCAGCCCCCCGCACCCGUACAUCAACCCUUACAUGGACUACAUCCGCUCCCUGCACAGCAGCCCGUCUCUGUCCAUGAUCUCGGCGGCCCGUGGCCUCAGCCCCACCGAUGCCCCACACGCGGGUGUCAGCCCCGCGGAGUACUAUCACCAUCAGAUGGCCCUGUUGGCGGGCCAGCGCAGUCCGUACGCAGACAUCAUUCCUUCUGCAGCAGCUACCGGAGCUGGGGCCAUUCACAUGGAGUACCUUCAUGCCAUGGAUAGUACCAGAUUCCCCAGCCCCAGACUGUCCACGAGGCCGAGCCGGAAACGGACGCUGUCCAUCUCCCCGCUGUCCGACCAUAGCUUUGACCUUCAGACCAUGAUAAGGACAUCGCCCAACUCCCUGGUCACCAUCCUCAAUAAUUCCCGCAGCAGUUCGUCGGCCAGCGGCUCCUACGGCCACUUGUCUGCCAGCGCGAUAAGUCCUGCUCUGAGUUUCACGUACCCUCCCACCCCGGUCUCCUUCCAGCACAUGCAUCAGCAGAUUUUAAGUCGGCAGCAGAGCUUAGGAUCUUUCGGACACAGUCCUCCACUCAUCCACCCGGCCCCGACCUUUCCGACUCAGAGACCCAUUCCCGGCAUCCCGAGCGUCCUGAACCCCGUUCAAGUGAGCUCUGGUCUGUCGGAGGCCACGCAGCAAAACAAGCCCACGAGUGAGUCUGCGGUGAGCAGUACGGGGGAUCCGAUGCACAAUAAACGAUCCAAGAUCAAAGCCGACGAAGAUCUGCCCAGUCCGGGAGCGGGAAGUCUGCAGGAGCAGCCCGAAGGAAUGACCCUGGUCAAGGAGGAAGGGGACAAGGAUGAAAACAAGCAGGAGCCUGAAGUGGUCUACGAGACAAAUUGUCACUGGGAGGGCUGCGCCAGGGAGUUUGACACCCAGGAGCAGCUCGUGCAUCACAUAAAUAAUGAUCAUAUCCAUGGGGAGAAGAAGGAGUUUGUGUGCCGAUGGCUAGACUGCUCAAGAGAACAGAAACCCUUCAAGGCCCAGUAUAUGCUGGUAGUCCAUAUGAGACGUCACACGGGAGAGAAACCACAUAAAUGCACUUUUGAAGGUUGUACCAAGGCCUACUCCAGACUAGAAAACUUGAAAACCCACUUGAGAUCUCACACUGGAGAGAAACCGUACGUCUGUGAGCACGAGGGCUGCAACAAGGCGUUCUCCAAUGCCUCGGACCGAGCCAAACACCAGAACAGGACCCAUUCCAAUGAGAAACCAUAUGUGUGCAAGAUCCCCGGCUGCACUAAACGGUACACAGACCCCAGCUCCCUCCGCAAACACGUGAAGACUGUGCAUGGCCCCGAGGCUCAUGUCACGAAGAAGCAACGCGGGGACCUCCAUCCCCGGCCUCCCCCUCCUCGGGAGCCUGGAAGCCACGGCCCAUCCCGAUCUCCUGGCCAGCAGACUCAGGGGGCCUUGGGCGAGCAGAAGGACCUCAACAAUUCUACCUCAAAGCGGGACGAAUGCCUGCAAGUGAAAACAGUCAAGUCUGAGAAGCCAAUGACAUCUCAGCCAAGCCCUGGUGGUCAGUCUUCAUGCAGCAGCCAACAGUCCCCCAGCAGCCCCUAUUCCAACAGUGGGAUCGAGCUCCAUCUGACCAACGGAGGCAGUAUAGGAGACCUCAGCGCCAUUGACGAAACCCCCAUCAUGGACUCUACCAUUUCCACGGCAACCACCGCUCUUGCCUUGCAAGCUCGGAGGAACACGACAGGGACCAAAUGGAUGGAGCAAGUAAAAGCAGAAAGAUUUAAACAAGUGAAUGGAAUGCUUCCACGACUGAACCCCAUCCCACCUCCAAAAGCCCCUGUGUUAGCUCCUAUCAUAGGAAACGGAAUACAGUCCAACCCCAGCUGCAGCAUGAAUGGGCCCAUGACUAUCCUUCCCAACAGGAACGACCUGUCCAGCGUCGACGUCACCAUGCUGAACGUGCUGAACCGACGGGACAGCAACACGAGCACCAUCAGCUCGGCCUACCUGAGCAGCCGCAGGUCCUCGGGCAUCUCCCCCUGCUUCUCCAGCCGCAGGUCCAGCGAGGCUUCCCAAGCUGAAGGCCGGCCCCAGAACGUGAGCGUGGCCGACUCCUACGACCCCAUCUCCACGGACGCCUCCCGCCGCUCCAGCGAGGCGAGUCAGGCCGAUGGGCUGCCCAGCCUCCUCAGCCUCACCCCUGCGCAGCAGUACCGGCUGAAGGCCAAGUACGCGGCAGCGACCGGGGGGCCCCCUCCCACCCCCUUACCCAACAUGGAGAGGAUGAGCCUGAAGACGAGGAUGGCCCUGAUGGGGGACUGCAGGGAGUCCGGUCUCUCCCCAUUCCCCCCGGUCAACCCUCCCCGAAGAUGCAGCGACGGGGGAAGCAACAGUUACGGGCGGAGGACCCUUUUGCCUCACGACAUGCUGGGGAACGGGAUGCGAAGAGCCAGCGACCCCGUCCGGAUGGUCUCAGAGAACCUUUCUUUGCCUCGAGUUCAGCGUGUCAACAGUCUUAAUAGCUUUAACCCUCCCGUGAUGCCUCCAGCCGUGGAAAAACAUAAUUUUGCGCUCCAGAAUUACACUCGCCCCGAGGGCGGCCUCUUCCGUAAUUUCUACUCUUCUCCUUGUCCUCCGAGCAUCAGUGAGAACGUGACCUUGGAGUCUUUGACCAUGGAGCCCGAUGCCAACCUGAACGACGAGGACUUCCUGCCCGAUGACGUGGUGCAGUACCUGAACUCCCAGGGCCAGGGCGGCUACGAGCAGCACUUCUCGGGCGGCGUUUCCGAGAACGGCAAAGUGUCCCACGGGAUGGUCAACGGCCAUCACGGGCUCGACCAGCCCCACCUGCCCAACGGCCACGGCGUCUCUCAGUAUCACGCCCCGGAGCCGCCCAGCUCGGAAGCCAGCAAGAGCGACCUCCCCAUCCAGUGGAACGAAGUCAGCUCCGGGAGCGCCGACCUGUCCCCGUCCAAGCUCAAGUGUGGCCAGCGCCCGUCGGCCCUGCAGGCCCGCGCCUUCGGUUUAUACAACAACAUGGUCGUGCAGCAGCAGAACCUUUUGCGGAACGGGGUUUCCCAAGCCAAUGGGUACCAGCAGCUGGUGGAAAAUAGUUCCUGCGGCCUUCAGGAGAACUUGCUCCCUAAUAGCAGCGGGGGCGGUAACGGUACCAACGGAGCUUCUUUCCAUCUGCAGCCCGGCAAGGCUCAGCAGUAUGCGGACGGCCUCAACAGGCAGGCGGCCGUUGGGGGAACUCUAGACGGUCCCUGUGGCUCCUUGAUUUCGGGACAGAAGCUGAGAAGCAGCAGCAUGGCCCUGAAUGGAAGCCAGCCAAACUACGGCAUGGCAGGAGCCGCCAGCGAGCUUCCCAGCAGCGUGGCCAACGGAACGCAGAGCCAGGCGGGGCUCCAGGGUCAGGCACUGGGCGAAGGCCCUCACUUCCCGGCCGUCAGUCGUACCGGGCAGAUGAUGUUAGGGCAGCUCAGUCCUACCUCACAAAGCAACGUCUAUCAGGGGUCAGAGAGCUGUCUGCCGGCCUCCCACGGCAUUGGGAAUCAGCAAUCGAGUUUGGCCGUGGCCAAGACUUACCAGCCAUAUGCCAACUACGGGGGCGGUAGGCGGCAAAUAAUGCUGAGGAACAGCCUGGCCCAACAGCAAGGACACGUCAGUGACGCCAAUCCGACCUGCAGGGUCAAUGGUAUUAAGAUGGAGACCCAGGGUCAGUCACAGCAGCUCUGCUCUAACGUGCCCCAUUACUCUGGUCAGUUGUAUGACCAAACCCUGGGCUUUAGUCAGCAAGACAUGAAAACAGGUUCUUUCUCCAUUUCAGAAGCUAACUGCUUGCUUCAGGGAACUGGCACUGAAAACUCUGAGCUGCUCUCCCCAGGUGCUAAUCAGGUGACCAGCACAGUCGAUAACAUUGAUAGCAACAGCCUAGAAGGGGUGCAGAUUGAUUUUGAUGCAAUCAUAGAUGAUGGGGACCACGCUAGCUUAAUUUCAGGAGCCCUGAGUCCGAGCAUCAUUCAGAAUCUUUCCCACAAUUCCUCUCGCCUCACCACUCCACGAGCAUCUCUGACAUUCCCCGCCCUGCCUGUUAAUACCACCAACAUGGCAAUUGGGGACAUGAACUCUUUGCUGACCUCCCUUGCAGAAGAAAGCAAGUUUCUAGCAGUGAUGCAAUAGAAGUUGGGAAAAUUAAGAUAAAAGAAAAAAAAAAAAACCAGAAACAACUUUAGGAAUUUUAAAGGUGAAAUGGAUUCUUUUUAGUUGUGUAUGUAUUUUUGUAAUCUCAUCUCACCUGAAUGGGAUGUGUUUCAAGUAUAUUCCUUUUAUGGAAAAGGGACUCUGAGAAACCCUAAAGUGUUGUAGGGAGAAACUGUCUUCCAUUUCAAUUUUGAAUCAGUAUUGUUAGCCCCAUUCCUCUUCCCCCUCCUCCUCCUCCUCCUUGUCCUUGUCCCUUUUCAUUUUUAAAGCUCUGUAACCUGUUUUUGAAUUGUAAACCAGUGUAAAUGUGUCAUGUGCAUGUUUUCCAUUUUUUUAAAAAAGAGAAGUCCAGGGAAAGGAUGUGAUAGUUUUUAUUACGCAAAAGAUACACGGUUGUUGCGACUGACUUCCCAAGGAUGAUGUUUCUAUUUUUUUGUUUUGUUUUUUAUUUCCAUUUUGAUAUUGAUUACACUGGGCACAAUAAGCAGAGAAUAAAAUGUGAUCCCCAUACCAAUGUAUAAUACCAAAUGUAUUGUAUGCUAUGUCCAACAGACUUACAACAUCAUCCCCUCUCAUGCCCACUGUCCUGCCUCCCAGCUUAGUUGAAUCCAUAGCAAACUUGUUAUUGCCGUGGGUCCAGGGAAAUAAGGGAACUGUUACAGAUAAACUAUGACAUUCUCCAUGUUUUUGCUCUUCCCACCCCGCACUUCUCCCGAGAUAGUCUGUGAAUUGAAAUGUGUAUGAAUGAGUCUGUGUUAAUGGUCACUUCUCAGGUAUCUUUUUUUUUCCUUUCUUCUUUUUUACUCUCUCUUUCUUUCUGACUUUUAGACAUUCCUCUGCUUUAGUAGCACUUCAGCCAGAGAGAGAGAAAGGGAAAGAAGUGAUAGUCUGGUUAGAUAAUUGGGAAAAAUGUUUGGUGAAUGCUGAGACUAAAACUAUUGGGUAAAAUAAUAUGUAGGGCGGAUCCAUGAGUCAUCUUCUCUAUCCCCCAGAGAGUAUGGACCAUUAAUUGUUUGUAGCAUUUUAAUCAUGUUACGCACAUAAGCCCACUGCUGGCUGUGUAUUUAGCAUCUGUCAACUGCAACAAUCAUGAAGGAGUAUUUCUACAUAAAACCUGAUUUUAAGAAACUUAUAAAAGAGUCAGCGAGGAAAAAAAUUACUUUGUUUUUGGUAUUGCACUUAGUUAUAAAUUGGCCGACUUAUUUUCUGAAUUUUCUUGGAAGUAUAAGAAGCUCUAUACAAUCAUUGUCUUUUUUCCACCAGUAUCUAUUAAAUACCGCAUCAGUUUUGAAAAACUGAAUUUUACAAUUCUUUUUGUCCAUAAUGUAAAAUAGGAGCUCUUUUUUUUUAUUUUGGAGUGAAAUUGUUUAGUAUUUGACAGAACUCUUUCCCCCAUGCAACAAAUACUCCAUGGGUUGUUCAGGUUACUGUUUUUUAUAUGUAGAUUAUAGGAAUAAGAGGUAGAAACACCUUAAAAAACUUGCCAAGCCCUGUCCCAUUUUGACUCACUAGAAGUGAAAGUGAGGGCUACAUUGCUUCUCUCUCCAUGCCAUCCCAAUCUGGGAUGCUGGAGAGGGAUUUUGGUUUUGUUGUGUUUGAAUCAGGUACAUGUUGGACUAAUUGGCUUCUGAAUUUCCUUCCAUCUAUCAAGAUUCUGUAUCUCAAAGGGUCAUAAAUCAAUUUUGUACCUCUUCUACCUUUUUCUGCAUUUAAAUUUGUGUUAAAAAAGGUGGGGGGAAUUUAAAAGGAAGAAAAAAAAAGAUUAGAAUCACUAUCCUUUCCCCUAUGUAUUCCCCUGUUAAAUAAUCCAAACAUUCAAACCAUCACUAUUUUAUUAUUUUAGGUGAUAGGAUCAUAAAGAUCUGAAAGGGACCUUUGAAAUAAUUAAGUGCAAUGUCCUCAUUUUACAGAUGAAGAACCAGGAGUCAAAAAAGCAAAUGCCUAAGAUCAUACACUUAUGUUACACUUCGAGGUCAAGCAUUUUUUUUUUUUUUGAAGGGGAGGCAAUUGGUGUUAAGUGACUUGUCCAUGAUCACAUAACUAGGGAGAUAGGAUUUGAACUCAGGCUUUCCUGACUCCAGAUUUGGUGUUGUAUGUAGUGUACCAUCUAGCUCCCUAAGGCCAAGCAUUUGCAAAAUAGAGAUGAGACAGAAUCUCAUUGCUCAUGACACCUACAGGUGACUAACUGGUUCUCUCCUGCUAUUUCCUGCUUCCUCCCUCCCUCUUCAUCCCCUUAUUAACAUUUCUGUAGAAACUGCUUUGUUUGAAAUCAAGAAAAUGACCCUAUUUGUCUUAGAAUACAAGAAAAUAUUAGGAAAUAUGUGAAGAGGAAGGGGCCCCAUGGCACAUGACUCAUCCCUAAAACUAGUCAGUGCAUCCUGUCCUAUAGAGGAUUCUUUCUCUUAUUUACCAGAUCUCAUUGUCUCCAGAUUUUAGGUUUCUCCUAGGAGCACAUAAGAGCCUUGUGAGUCCCAAUUCUUGUGAGGAGUGACAGAACUGAACCUUGAUAGGGUGCAGGGUUCACUGUAUAUGAAGAAAAGGUACCAAUUAGCAGGUUUCAGAAUGGGGCAGCUAGAAUCAGUGACACUUGACCAGAGUUUUGUUUUUUAGCUCUUGAACCCACUUAUUAUGUAUAUAGUUGCCCUGGUAAACAUAGAAUAAAGAGCCCAUGACCAGGCAUCCAUUCUAGAAAUUGAGCAGCAUGAUCAAGCUUCCUACAAAUGCCCAUGAUCAUAAACACACACAUGCACACACCCCUAGAAGAACUGACAGAAUCUUAAAGACCCACUUGCUUUUUUCUUUUUUUUUUAACUUGAAGUUUCUUCUCUGUUGUCCAGAGAGCCAUUUCUUCAUUUUAUUUAUUGGAACAGGUCUUUUAUCUACCAUCCUUCUUGUUCAAUGUGCAGUUGCUCUCCAUCUUGCCAAUGGCAUCAAUGUUUGGGAUAAAAGUUUACCUCAUUCCAAUAUGAAUGAUCCAUGAAAGGUAUUUCCAGUAACAAGGUACAGUUCAGUAUUAAGAAGGUACUUUUGAGGUUACCUCAGAGCAUACCUACUUUCAUAGCCUUCCCGGCUCACUUCUUGGUGAAUGCAAAUAUUAAACCUUUCCCAUCCCUUCCCCUAGCUGCAGCAUCCUGUGUCCUUUCUGCCUUUCAUACUCCAUGUUUAAGGGAGAUAUGAGGCUCCACAUAACACUGACUUCGAGGAGGGUCUGCAAAUGGUACUUCUGCAAGUUAUCCCUGUCUCUUUGAAGAAAGAAAAAUAAAUGAUUUAGGCCAACCCACAUUUUCAGACUUGGACAACCAACAGUGUUUCCAUUCUUACAAUGUAUGUGCCUUAUUUUACGUUAAUCUUGUCAACAAGAGGGACCAAGACAUUUUGCCCAACGAGCGCAUGGAGGGUGCUCUCGUUGGUCAGCCAAGAGCAUGUGCCAUUUUCCAUAAUCUGAACCAUCAUGUCAACUUCUGAUGCUCAUUGUUCCCUUGUCUGAAUGUUCCCUGGAAGUUUCCUUUUGUGCAUCCUGCAGAUGUGUGUAAGAUAAACCUACUAUUUCCUUCCCCAGCCCAGUCUUUUUAGCUGUUUUUUUAAAUAAAAUGUGUAAUCCUUUCUUUACAAAAAAUGUAAAUACAUUUAUGUAUCAGUAGGACUAGUGUUGGGGUGAAACAGGGCCUUAGGUCCUCCUUUGGAUAAACCUGCAGUUGUGAUGGGAUGCUUUAAUGCCUUGCAUCAAACUGAAGGGUUUAUAGUACCAUGGACAGAACCCCUGGAGUUUUGCUUUCAGAACCACUUAGUUCUUUCAUAACAAAGAAAAACAAUGUUUCUUACAAUGUCAAUAAAAAGCCCUUUGUACUUAAA